CAUUUAUUCAGUUCACAAAUUUUACUUAGUGGAGUAGGACGCUUCUCGUUUUCGCUCGGCGAUACUGUUUGACGUAUUAAAAUAAAUAAAAAAAGGUUAUGGCUCCGAAGGAUAUGUGUGUUGUCAUUGUCGUUGCAACUGACUACGAUAGAGAUGGCUUAGACCAAGAUAGAGCCGCAAUUUCUGAGGCCUUCAACGCAUCUUUCGAAGUAAAACUAGUCGAGCUGAUCGAUGAAAAUAUUAAAACCGUGGAUGAUAUAUUCAAAUCAUUUGCGAAGGACAAGGAAUGGUUAGACGAAUUUGAAAAAUGUAAGUUUGUUGCAGUUUUUUGCAUGUCUCACGGCCAGGCCGAUGGUCUAAUUAAGCUAACAACAAAAAACGAAGUGGAAGACGCAGGAAAAACUAUGAAGAAGAUCAACGAAGUAGCAGACGCCCGGAGACACUUACUUUGUCCUCUAUUCAAAAUCAAGCAAUUAGAUUCAAAACUAAAAUGGUUAGUUGUGCAGGCCUGUCGAGGUGAACUAAAUAAUUACAAACCAAUGCAAAAAGAUGGUGAAGUGAAAAUCCCUCCUAAAUGCUUUUGUAUAUCAUAUUGUACCGCAGAAGGAACAAUUAGUUUUCAAAAAGGAACCGGAGGAAAAAUAUAUAUACAAAAGCUAUGUGCAGAAAUCAAAAAGGAUAUACGUGGAAAAAAUCUAUGUGACAUACUAGAGUCGGUAAACACAGCUGUUAAAGAAGAAUUUAAAACAACCCAAGGGUCUGAAACCUACCAAAAUGCUCAUUACGUGUGUGAUUGCCCCGAUUAUGUUUUCCCUGACAGUUCCAUGUCAGUGGAAAAGUAAAUGCAAAAUGAGAUAAGUUUGAGAAAGUUCUGAUAAAAGAUUUCUGUCUGUCCGUCUGUCUGUCUGUCUACCUGUGUGGAUUGUAAUACCAAAACUACUACUGCCUUGUUUUAUAGAUUAUGAUUAUUAUUAUUUAUUUAAUUAGUUUUUUAAUAAACAAAAUUUGUUAGAACUGAAUUAAAAAUCAAGAUUUAUUUUUAUAUUUAAGUUAUUAUAUAUUUAAGUUAUUGUGAAAUCAUUUCAUUUAUUAAAAAUGAGCUCGGGGUAAAGCCAUUGAAAUUCCGAAAAGUACAAGAACUUACACCGCAACAGAAAGAAGAUAGACUCAAAAGAGCUAAAGAGUUGCUUCGCUUUUCUCUGAUGAGAAAACAUUCGUUGCCCAGCAGUUUGUAAACAAACAAAAUGGUCAUGUUUACUUGCCAAAGAGGUCAGCUGAAAACGUGCACCUUCGGUUGGCCACCAGAAUUCAAGCGCCGGCCAUGGUGAUGUUGUGGGCCGCCAUUACUGCCGAUGGUCGCUCUCCGCUCGUAUUAAUCGACCAUGGCAUCAGAAUAAAUGCCGAAUUUUAUCGCGAAAAUAUUCUGGAGGGUGUAUUAAAGACUUGGGCACGUAAACAUUUUAGCCGCAGACCUUGGGCAUUCCAACAGGACUCAGCACGUGCCAGCCAAGAAUGGUUACAAAAUAAGGUUACUCGCUUCAUUUUCAACGCACCAAUGCACAACUCCAAACCUCAAAACCUCCUGACCUCCAAACUCUCCGGAUACCAAUCCGUUGGAUUAUUGUGUCUGGAGUAUUUUCGAAGGCAAGGUUGGCACUAAAAAAUACCAAAGUGUCGAUCACCUCAAGCAAGCGCUUCGCCGGAAAUGGGUCAAAAUACCGCAGAGCAACAUUCGGGCAGCGUGUGACGGUUUCAUUGGCCGUUUGAAGGCCAUAAUUCGUACCAAAGGUGACCAAUUUGAACAAAUCUAAACUUAUUCUAAAAUUUGAUGCUAUUUCCGACAUUUUUUGCUUUCAUUCAAUAAAAUUUAAAAAAAAAAAUGUAAGAACAAUGGAGUUUGACUUUGUUGCUGUUUUUUAUACCCUCCACCAUACUAUGGAGGGUAUAUUAAUUUUGUCAUUCCGUUUGUAACUCGUCGAAAUACUCAUGUCAGACCCAACAAAGUAUAUAUAUUCUUGAUCAUCGUAAAAUUCUAAGACCAUGUCCGUCUGUCUGUCUGUGUGUCUGUCCGUCCGUCUGUCUGUCUGUUGUAAUCACGCUAUCCUUCGAACAAAUUGAGAUAGAAGGCUAAAAUUUUGCACACGUGUGUAUUUUGCCAGUAGGCAGGUUAAGUUCGUAAAUGGGCCAUGUAGGCCCAAGUUAUCAUAUAGCCCCCAUAUAACGGUACCUCCCGAUAUUCGGUAUUUUUAUGAUUUUAGCGACAUUAUUCACCGGAAUUGUUUCUAAUUUGGCAUUUGAAGUUCGUAAUGGAUACUACAGCCUAAAACAGAAAAUAAUCAGUGUAGGUCCACGUCUUCGUAUAGCCCCUAUAUAACGGUACCCCCGAUAUUCGGUAUUUUUUAUGAUUUUAGCGACAUUAUUUAACUGAAUCGUUCCAAAUUUGGUAUUUGAAGUUCGUAAUAGAUACUGCAGCAUAAAACAGAAAAUGGGCCAUGAACGUCCACGUCUUCGUAUAGCCCCCAUAUAACGGUACCCCCUAUAUUCGGUGUUUUGAUGAUUUUAGCUACAUUAUAAACAGACUUUUCUAUUAUUUUCUAUUCUAUUAUUGUAAUAACU